GAGCAGCGUAGAGGUCACGUAAGUAAGUAAGAUAGAAAGGAGAGGACUCGUCACGGUGGCCAGCUUAGUGAGCGGUAACGUAGCGGUGCGUUACGAUGAGGCGUCGGGGGUGGUCAGUGCGGGGGGUGUCGUCCUGGCAGCGACGUCCAGGCUAGCCACGGCCGAUCCACCGACAUCCACCAUGGACACCAGCGACUCGAGCAUGGAGACGAGCAAUGGCACUGGUACCGGAACCGGAACUGGUACCGGAACUGGUACCGGUCCUAGCACGGCCAUCGGUUCUGCUGUCCCAGGGACCGUUCCUGGGGACAGUACGAUCGUUGCUAGCGCGGCGUCCUUGACUCUUGUCAAGGCCGAAGUGCCCGAACACCUGGCCGGUACAUCGACGACGCCAUCGGCGGUAACUGGACCGGUUGGUACCGGUAGCGGUCUAUUUGCUGGGAUACCAAGCAGCAACAAGACAUCCAGGCCGGACGAUUGGCUCGCCACCGGGAGUCCUGGAUCACCUCAGGCCACCCUACAAAGUCAUCACGUUGUAUAUACGACGCCCCAACAACAGUUGCCCGAUCCUCAACCACCAUUAGCUCAUUCGAGCCCUCUUGCCCAUCAACAGCAACAACCGCCCGCGAGCAACAACGGUUACGCGAGCCCGAUGAGCACUAGCAGCUACGAUCCUUAUAGUCCCAACAGUAAGAUAGGUGAGUACCAAGUCCUCCAAGGAAUUAUAAUCAACAUAUUAUUAACAGUUUAAGGUCGGCAAAUUUCAAAGAUGGGAGAAGAGAGUGAGACAGAUAGAUAAAUAGAUAGAUAGAUAGAUGGAUAGAUAGACGGACGGACGGAUAGAUAGAUGGAUAGAGAAAUAAGAAAAAAGUAGAGAAAGACAGAGUUAAAAAGAGAUAGAGAAUAGAAGAGCCUUGAUGCGUGGCGGAGGCCUCGCGGUGUUCAACGAAGCUUCACUCGACUCUGUAAUCAUGUCCGGUUUCCUCGGUAUAUCGCUUGUAAUGCUCGGCAACGCUUUUAAAGAGACACCGGUACACGUUCGUUUACGAGACCGAAUGACACGCGAAUAAAUUGCGAUAUCUUGCAAGAUAAACUUGUUGUUUAAGGCUAACAAAUAAGAAAGAAAUAAUGAAAAAUAAUCUAACCUGGCACCUUUUCAUUCACAUAUAUAUAUACAUAUGUGUGUAUAUAUUUACGUACGUUCGGUUCGUCCGUCUCCUUUAAUUUCGAUGAUGUUUUUUGUUAAAUCUAUUAUUAAAAAAAAAAAAAAAAAAAAAAAAAAAUAAAAAAAAAGAAAUAAAUAAGAUGACGGCGGAACGACAAGGGGUUGAAGAGAGAGAGAGAGAGAGAGAGAGAGAGGGAGAGGGAGAUUAAGAUAUAAAUAUUUUAAUAAAUCAUCGAUUUCGAAUUAUAUUUUAGAUUACAAAUUAAUUUUUAUGAAUACAUUUAUUUAUUCAUUAUAUAUUAUAUUAAAUGGAUCUUCUUGAUGCCAAUAAAUGUAAUACGAUUAAACUUUUGAAUUAAAUAAAAAUGUAUUGAAAAUGUCGUAAAAGAAAAAAAGUAAAGAAAGGGCGUGUUACAUAAAUUUUAUUAAGAAGUUCAAUAGUAGACAUAUUUAUACGUACUUAUCUUAAUAAAUCGAUUAUUUAUUUGCAUAUGUAGGUACUAACGAACUUAUUGAUCUUGAUAAUUCCUCGAUCGUGAAUCAUCGAUGAUUAUGAAAGAUAUUUCUUGUCAUGUUGUUAAUAAGACUAGGAAACGAUAUUACAGCAUUAGAACAAUCGAUUCUAUUCUUCCUUGUCUUUUUCUAACUUGCUAAAAAUUAUUUUCUUCGAUGAUUUAACAUAGCCGAUCUAUAUGUAUAUAUGUAUAUAUAUAUAUAUAUAUAUGUAUGUUCGAUCUAUAUGUAUAUGUGGGUUCGACCUUCUCCUCUCUUUUUACUAAUACCAAUGUUAAUUUUAAUGCUAAUAAUAGUAAUGGUAUUUCAUACGAUUCUCGAAAGAGGAAGGAAAAGUUCUUCCACAUAGAACGCAAGUAUAUAAAAAGAAGUGCGAUUAAGUUUUACACUAUUACUAUGCUACACUACUCUAAUAUCCACUAAUACCAGUGUUGAUACUAGUAAUAGCCAGUCGAGAUCCGUUCAAGGUCACACGGCAUAUCGCCGACAAUACACGUGCGUCUUGUUCGCAAAUCUCUUCGUACUUUUUUGUCUCUCCUUUUUCUUUUACUUUUUUUUUCUUUUUUUUUUUUUUUUUUUUUUUUUUUUUUUUAUUUCCUAUUAAAAACUUUACUAUUCCUAAUUCCAAUAGUUCUUUCGAAUUAGUCAUCGUCCUCCAUUGUCCGUGAUUUAUCCGAUCGAUCCUUUUUUUCAUCGUCAAAUCUCUUUUCUCUUUGAUUAUAUAAAUUUGUUUGCUUUUCAUUAUCAUUUUUUUCAUUUCUUUUUUUUUCUUUUUUUUCUCUUUUUUUUUUUUUUUUUAUUACUUACGAUAUAAAAAAUAAAUCGAUAUCGAGCAAAAAGCUUGUUAAAGGUUUUCAUUUAAAAUCAUUGAAUCAAGAAGUUUAAUUUGAAUUUAACUUGUAUUUUGAUUUAACUCUGAUUAAAAUUAAAUAUUAUAUACUACGAAACGUUUAUCUUAAUAACGUCGAUCAAAUUAUUAAUAAGAUUUUGUAUUUUUGCACGUAUCUAAUGACGAAGGAAAUAAUGGUUGACAUGAUUUAUCGAAGGAAAUCUAAAUAUAUAUAUAUAUGAGACGAAAGUAUCCAUAAUGUCGAUCGAAUUAUUAAUACCAAUACGAAAUUGCAUAUAUAUAUAUAUAUAUAUAUAUAAUAAUAAUAAUAAUACAAAUAUUAAAUUGUUCCGGUAUGAAACAAUACUUGACAUGAUUUAUCGAAGAUUCUAAAGAGAAGGAGGGGAGGGGAGGGGGGGGGAGGAAAAAAGCAGAAAUUUAUAUUAGAACGUUCAUAACGUCGAUUCAAAAUUAUUAAUGUCAAUGCGUAUUGCCAUGCUGUAAUAACGCAUGCAUAUUAAAUUGUCGCGAAAUAAAACAAUAACUGACAUGAUUUAUCGAAGAUUCUAAAAAGGAAAAAAAGAAGAAGAAGAAGAAGAAAAAAAAAAAAGAAAGAAAAAAAGGUAUGCUCAAAUGUUCAUAACGUCGAUCGAUAUCAUUUAAUAAUUAUUCAUUUAUCUAAUCGCAUGAUUGAAAUAAAGCGAUUGACAUGAUUUUAACGAGGAAUCGUAAUAUUAUCGAGUGUAAUGAUUUCAUAACGUCGAUCGUAAUCAUUUCUGAAUAUUAAUAUUAUUGACACUGGUCCAAUUGGGAACGAAAACGUUGAUGAAGAUGAUACGUGUAUAUCGUAGGAAGUAUAAAAUAAAUAA